AUGGGGGAUUGGAACCUAUUGGGUGGCAUUCUAGAGGAAGUUCACUACCACUCAACCAUAGUGGGGAAAAUCUGGCUGACUAUCCUCUUCAUCUUUCGAAUGCUGGUCCUUGGUGUGGCUGCUGAGGAUGUCUGGGAUGAUGAACAAUCAGCAUUUACCUGCAACACACAGCAGCCAGGUUGCAACAAUAUCUGUUAUGAUGAUGCUUUCCCGAUCUCUUUGAUCAGGUUCUGGGUAUUACAGAUCAUCUUUGUGUCUUCUCCUUCACUGGUAUACAUGGGCCAUGCACUUUAUAGACUCAGGGACUUUGAGAAAGAGAGGCAGAGGAAAAAGUCGUACCUAAGAGCCCAGAUGGAGAAUCCAGAACUUGACUUGGAGGACCAGCAGAGGAUAGAUAGGGAACUGAGGAGGUUAGAAGAGCAGAAGAGGAUCCAUAAAGUCCCUCUGAAAGGAUGUCUACUGCGCACUUAUGUCUUACACAUCUUGACCAGAUCUGUAUUGGAAGUGGGCUUCAUGAUAGGCCAAUAUGUUCUCUAUGGGUUUCAAAUGUAUCCCCUUUACAAAUGCACUCAACCUCCUUGUCCCAAUGCAGUGGACUGCUUUGUAUCCAGGCCCACAGAGAAGACUAUUUUCAUGCUCUUUAUGCAGAGCAUUGCAGCCAUCUCCUUGUUACUCAAUGUACUGGAAAUAUUUCAUCUAGGUGUCAGGAAAAUCAUGAAGGCACUUUAUGAGAAAUCCAGCAAUGAGGGCUUUGAGAAUGAAAGGGGCCCUCCAUUCCAGUUGAGGAAAUAUUCAGCGGCCCAGCAGUGUAUGAUUUGCUCAUCUUUGCCCGACAGAAUCUCUCUACUUCAAGCUAACAAUCAGCAGCAAGGAAUUCGAAUCAACGUGCCAAAGUCUAAAACUAUGUGGCAAAUCCCACAGCCUAGGCAACCUGAGGCAGAUUCUUCUUUUAGCAAAAAAGAGUGGGCUGAGAAGGAUCAGCACAGUGGACAGCUCCACGUCCACAGUCCAUGUCCGCAGGAUGCCAGCACCAGAAUUCAGCACUCGGGACAGCAACCAGACCAGUCUUCCUUUGCUGUACAGAAUACAACUAUCCAGUCUUGGCCAGGUACAACAACCACCUCUAGACACUGUCCAGCCUAUGCGGUGGGAACCUGGAAGCAGUCCCAGGACCUAGAACCCUUGGGCGAGCCUCUCACAGAUCUACACAGUGAUAGCAGUGUGAGAGAGAGCGGGGGCUGGGUAGACAAAUCACGCCCGGGUAGUCGCAAGGCCAGCUUUUUGUCCAGACUGUUGUCUGAAAAGGCACAGCUGCAGAGCGACUUGGGAAGCUCAAGUUCCCAGAAUAGCUCCCGUUUGGAUUUUCAGCACCAGGAAAACAGUCCCUCACCUGCGCCCUCCAUCACUGGGCAGAGAACAUCAAUGAACAUGCUUCUGGAACUUUCAUCAAUUAUGAAGAAAUAACACACCAGGAGCAGCUAACUGGUCUCUACAGGAGGAAAGCUGUGCCUCCAUCAAAUUGCGGAAAGAGGACCCACACGCUCCACAGACACCCAGCAGGUGAUGGGCUGUGUACAGAAUGCUCCAGCCUGGGCUCACCUCCCCAGGGGACCUUUAUCAGUCUCUCACUGCCCUGCCUGGCACACUGUUGGGGGGCAGGUCCAAUGCUCAGGCAGGGGGCAGCUGUGUACCAACAGAGAAAAUCUAGGGCAAGGGCUGCUGUUGCCCUGAGGAGGAGGACUGGGCUAGAGCCCUCUUUCCCAGCGUGCUG